GCUACGAGCUUCACCAGACACGGUGUACAUUCCCACACUGGGCUUUGGCUGCCGGUAUGUUUCUGAAUCGGUUUGACGGCCAGUCGAAGCUUUUGGUCCGGGCGCUGAUGUCCGGAGCCUCCGGUGUCCACAGAGCCGUGAGCGUCUUCCACAGGCAGCAGCGAGCAAACCCCGAAAUGUCUCUGUCUAGCUUGGUAGAAACACUGUGCCAAGAUGAAAUAAGCUGUCCACAGACUGAAAGCCAGGCUUUAACUGUUAAACCUCUGGUGUGCCUGUUCCCAUCAUUAUUCAAACAAAAUCUGCUGUCCUUCAUCCAUCUGGUCCACUCGGUUCUUCCCCAGACCUCGGUCCUCCACCUGCUCAAAUGCCUCAGCCAGGACCCUCAUCCAAACCCCUGGGUCACCACUCUGGGUAGACAGCUGGAGAGAGGCCUGGGGGUCCACAAUGAGGAGCCUUUGUACACACCACUAUGCAGUCAGAGACUCAAGGAGCUGACACAGCGUUUGGCUGGUGUUGGUGAGACCAGCGGAUGGGCCAAGUGCCUCAGUGGUCAAACCAUAGAAUCUGGAUCUCAGAGUGCAUCUGGUUUAUUAGAGCUGGGGACACAAAGGAAAAGGAAAAGCAGUUUUGUCUCUCCGGACUCAGGCGGAGAAGAAAUGGGACAGCAGAGUAAACGGAUAAAGAUGGACGUCUGUGGUAGUGAGUGUGUUGAUGCAGAAGAACAGAGCGCAAAUGAGGAGACGUCAGGAAGGUUUGAAAAAGAUGCUGCAGAAGAAACUCCUGCUGAGGAGCUACAGCCGGCGCCAGACACUGAUUCCCUGCCUGAACAUAUAAAGGUCUCUGUUCUUCAAAUAAAAGAAUUACUGGAAAGUCACACAGAGUGGGACCAGAGCUCCAUGGAUGUGUUCAAAGUGCUGAAUGACUGUGACCCCGCCCAAGUGGAGGUGUUAUGUAGCACCCUGAGUUUGUCUGAUUUACCCGAGCAGACUCUUCCUAAACUGUGCAGCAGUGUUUUGGCUCUGUCUCCUGACCUCAGUUACAGCACGGCAGCAACGCUCAUCAAGAGCCUACUGCUGGAGAAGGUCCUGUCCCUGUCAGAGCCUGCCUCCAGAUGCUUGGUUACUGCAGUAACAUCACUGUGCAGCCACUAUCCCAGACCAAUGUGCCACUCUCUGAUCGAACCCGUUCUAAUGGAAAAAAACAUAGGGAAUCCACAGGCUGAGCUGCUGAACAGGCUGAUAGAAGGCUGCCUGGAUUCCCACUACAAACUGCUGCUGCUUCAAAUGACAUUUAAAACUGUGUGGAGUGAGGCAGUGCUCUCCAUUAUCCACAGCUUGCUAGACUCCAAGCCUGACUUGAAUGAAGAAGUGUUCUCACAGUUCACUGAACAGCUCGUCAGCCAGGGCCCUCAGUUCACAAAGUCUGUUAAGUUUGCAAAAAUGAUGUUGACAGUCCUCACCAAAUACAGCAGCCAUGUGACUGCUGCACACAAACACUCCCUCUCCAGUUGCCUGAUGUUAAAUGAGACCUUCCUGAAAAAGUCUCUUCAAGCUGCUUUGAAGAGAAUCACACACACAUGAAGCGGUAACACUUUACUUUAGGCCCCACUAUUAAGCAUUUAUAAGCAGUUUACACACAUUUAAUAAAUGGUUUAUAGCAUAUUGUAGAGUUGUGAGCACAUAUAGAUUUUAAGUGUUUACUGUGUACAGUAUUUAUAAAGAAGUAUAUCUUUUGCUCUGAAUACAUUAUAUUAUUACCUGUGUGUUUUACUACAUUGUUAUUCAUUAUCUGUUUAUACACCAGUCUCCACAUAUGGCUGGCUUAUUGGGGGAGUUAUAGUCAUUGACGAUACAUUAAUAAACACUUGUCUUGUAAUGUCUGCUUACAACUACAUUAUAAUGGAUUAUUAAUUAUUUGUUAAAUGUUUUUAUAAUGCGAAUAAAUACUAAAUGGAUGGACAUAAAGCAAAGAUUUCUUGUGACCUGAUCCAUGUUAAUAAACCUGUUUCUUGUCUAUUUCUUGGCAAUAAUAAUAAUGAUAAUCUGACUUGAAAAUUAAGCAUCAGUUUGAGACUGAUAUGGCCUCUCAUAAUAAAAAUGCCCCUGAGUCAGAUCCGAUUUAAAGUAAAAAUGUUAUUUAAAGUAAUCCAAAAUUCCCACCUUUGCAUUCAUGAACUUUAGCUGCUGAUGCAGCUCAUUCUGCUGCCAAGUUCAUCAUGUGUUGGUCCAGAAAGGUGUCAACAGAAUUAAUGAAAACACAAAUAUUUUAUUUUUUUAAUUAUUUUAAUUUAUUUAUUUAGUUAUCAGGCUCUGAGUGAAUCUUGUAUCAUAAUUGUAGACACUGAAGAUCUGC